AAACUUGGAGAUGGUGACGCCCAGGCUCUCCUCGCUCCUGCUCGCGCUCCUGCAGCUGCAGGUGCUGUGCGCAGCUCGCUUCGAUGUGAUCGGGCCCGCCGAGCCCGUGCUGGCCGCGGUGGGGAGCGACGCGGAGCUGCCCUGUAGUCUGUCGCCCAACGUAAGCGCCGAGCACAUGGAGCUGCGCUGGGUCCGAGAGGCGCCCUUGCCGGCAGCGCUCCUGCAUCGGUACCCGCAGGGGCGAGCGCAGGAGUCGGCGCCCGAGUUCCGCGGGCGGGUGAAGCUGGUGGCCGACGGCAUCGCAACAGGGCGCGCGGCCGCGCAGAUCCACCGAGUCCGGGCCGCGGAUGAAGGCGACUACAGAUGCCUCUUCCGGGACGACGCGAGCUCCGGGGAGGCCACCGUGCGCCUCCGAGUGGCUGCUCUGGGCUCUGACCCUCACAUCAGUAUGGAAGUUCAGGAAAGUGGAGAGAUCUGGCUCCAGUGCACCUCUGUGGGGUGGUACCCAGAGCCCCAUGUGCAGUGGAGAACUCCCACGGGGGAGAAAUUUCUGUCCACAUCUGAGUCCAGGAGUCCUGACCAAGACGGUCUUUUCACCGUGGCAGCUUCAGUGAUCAUCAGAGACACCUCCCUGGAGAAUGUGUCCUGCUGCAUCCGAAACCUGCUCCUAGACCAGCAGAAGGAAGAAGGGAUUUCUCUAUCAGCUCCCUUCGUCCCAAGGCUGAGUCCCUGGCAGGUGGCUGUGGCUGUCGUCCUAACAGUCUUAGGACUUCUCACCAUUGGGUCCAUAGUCUUCAUUUGGAGACUAUACAAGGACAGAUUCAGAGAGAGGAAGAGUGAAUUCAGCUCCAAAGAGAAACUCCUGGAAGAACUCAAAUUGAAAAAGGCUUCAUUGCAUGCAGUGGAUGUGACUCUGGAUCCUGACACUGCCCACCCCCACCUCUUUCUCUAUGGGGAUUCAAAAUCUGUUCGACUGGAAGAUUCACGUCAGAAACUACCUGAAAAAGCAGAGAGAUUUGACUCGUGGCCCUGUGUGUUAGGCCGGGAGGCCUUCACCUCUGGAAGACACUACUGGGAGGUGGAGGUGGGAGACAGAACUGACUGGGCAGUUGGGGUGUGCAAGGAGGAUGUGAUGAAGAAAGGGUUUGACCCCCUGACUACUGAGAAUGGGUUCUGGGCUGUGGAGUUGUAUGGGAAUGGAUACUGGGCCCUUACCCCAGUCCGGACCCCUCUCCCAUUAGCAGGAUCCCCUCAUCGGGUUGGUAUUUUCCUGGACUAUGACUCUGGAGACAUCUCCUUCUACAACAUGACCAGUGGCUCCCAUAUCUAUACUUUCCCCAGCAUCUCUUUCUCUGGCCCCCUCCGGCCCUUCUUUUGCCUCUGGUCCUGUGGUAAAAAGCCCCUGACCAUCUGCUCAGUGGUUAAUGGGCCUGAGGAGGUCAAAGUCAUUGGUGAUACCCAGGGUCUCUCUAAGGACAUCCCAUUGUCCCCCAUGGGGAAGGAAUCUGCCUCUGAGGAUGCAGACACUCUGCAUUCUAAACUAAUACCUCUGCAAGCCAGCCAAGGGGCUCCUUAAGGAACCUCUCAGCUGACUGUCUUCCUUUGCUCUCAGCCUCUCCUCCAUUACCCUUUAAGGCUUCAGCUGCCAGCUUCCCUUGCUCCUGUUUCUCCUGGCGGGUUGUGAUUGUCUUGAGAAGGUGAUGCUGCCACAGCUAGAGGGCGGGGAGCAGGGCCUUCCUAAUCUGCUUCUGUACCAAUAUUUGGGGGAUGGAGAAGUGACCCCUAAACUGCUUCCAGCAUCUUCAUAUCCCUUAAGACCAGAACCUACAGGCAACUACCUGGAGCAAGCUCAAAGGACAGCUCAGGGUUUAAGGCCCUGUGUCUCCAGUUUCCCGAGUCCUAUAGAACAGAGACUGGCCCAACCUCUCUAGACCUGAAUAAGUGACUAGAAAGCUGAGAUGAACAGGGCUGGAGUCUGGGUGAUGGAGGAAAAAAUCAUGGCUGAAACUGGCAGGUUGUGUGCACAACCAGACCUCAGGCCUGCUCUCUGGCUAGCCCUUCCUGUCUCUCCCUUGCCUGGAGGUCAAUCCAACUGACGUGGAAUUUUUUUCCAAUCUAAUUUCCUGCCAUGAUAUCACCUCAUCAUCUAUCAUGGUCUCAGACUCAUGCCCCCUUGCCCGGUCCCAGCAUCUGAACCUCUCAUGUAUCCCUUCUAUUAGCUUCACCUGUCCCACCCUCAUUUCCACACAGUGCCCCCAUUCUCUGCUUCCCCACCCCAGUUUUCUGUGCUGCUCCUUGGAGUCCCCCAAGUGUGACCCCAUUGUGCUCAGCACGGCUGGAUCAUUAUGCCCCUUUGCAUUUGUCCCCAAGCACUUUCCUGUAAACACCCAGACUGUCCUGCCGAGAGAUUGUACAUGUGUCCAGGCUCAUGCUUUCUAGUUGCAUUGCAUUUUUCCAGCUCCUUAAUGGAUGUUCUCCAUGGUCUUUACCUAAUAAACA